ACUUCCGCUCUACUGCCGGAAGUGACAAAAUAAAGUAAACAUGAGCUGUCAGUAGAUCCAGGGGUUAAGAUAAUUGCAAAUAAAGGGGGUGACUAAAUAUAUACAUAUGUUUGUUUUUGUUUUUUCAUAUUGACAUCUAUGUGACAACCUUUUGCGACGUCUGAAGAAGGUAAAUCAUUAACGGAGUGACACGGUCCUGUUAUGUUCACAGACAUGGACUAUGAACUGGAGGAAGACAAGCUGGGGAUACCAACAGUGCCUGGUACUGUGACUUUGAAAAAAGAUGCUAAUAACCUCAUUGGCAUCAGCAUCGGUGGAGGGGCUCAGUACUGUCCUUGCCUUUACAUCGUCCAGGUCUUUGACAACACCCCAGCUGCUCUGGAUGGGACAGUGGCAGCAGGUGAUGAAAUCACAGGUGUGAACGGGAAACCAGUGAAGGGAAAGACUAAGGUGGAGGUGGCCAAGAUGAUUCAAGCUGUCCAGGGAGAAGCAGUAAUCCACUACAACAAACUGCAGGCCGACCCGAAACAGGGGAAGUCUUUGGAUAUAGUGCUGAAGAAAGUCAAACAUCGCCUGGUGGAGAACAUGAGCUCGGGCACAGCGGACGCUCUAGGGCUCAGUAGAGCUAUUUUAUGCAACGAUGGACUGGUGAAAAGGCUGGAAGAGCUGGAGAAAACAGCAGAGCUCUACAAAGGGUUGAUGGAGCACACCAAGAGACUCCUCCGAGCUUUCUUUGAGCUUUCUCAAACUCACAGAGCAUUUGGAGAUGUUUUCUCCGUCAUCGGCGUGCGAGAGCCUCAAGCUGCAGCCAGCGAGGCGUUUGUGAAGUUUGCUGACGCUCACCGCAGCAUCGAGAAGUACGGCAUUCAGCUUCUGAAGACCAUCAAACCGAUGCUCCACGAUCUGAACACGUACCUUCACAAGGCCAUACCAGACACCAAGCUCACCAUCCGCAAGUACCUGGAUGUCAAGUUUGAAUAUCUGUCGUACUGCCUGAAGGUGAAGGAGAUGGAUGACGAGGAAUACAGCAGCAUUGCCAUAGGAGAGCCUCUGUACCGCGUCAGCACCGGUAACUACGAGUACCGCCUGGUGCUGCGGUGUCGCCAGGAGGCUCGGGCCCGUUUCGCCAAAAUGAGGAAGGACGUUUUGGAGAAGAUCGAGCUGCUGGAUCAGAAACAUGUUCAGGACAUCGUGUUCCAGCUGCAGCGCUUCGUCUCCGGCAUGUCCCAUUACUACGACGAGUGCUACGCCGUUCUGAAGGAGGCCGACGUCUUCCCCAUCGAGGUGGACCUCUCCCGCACCAUGAUCAACUACAGCAGCCAGUCGCUCGCCUACACCGACGAGGACGAGGACGAGGACGGAGGAGGAGGAGGAGAAGGAGAGGAAGGAGGAAGCGGCGCAUCCAGACAAACGGAGAACGGCGGUGAAAAACUGAUCGAUGACGCAUGAGAGUUUAGUUGUCACUGGAAUUUAAAGUCAACACACUGGAUACUACUAGAACUGCUGCUGCUGCUGUGAUGAUGAUGAUGAUGAUGAUGGUGGUAUGUUGUGUUUUCUCUCCUUGAUUCUCUCACAUCGAUUAUUAUUUUACUUUUGCAAAUGUGAGUGCUGUGGAUGGGUUUUAAUAUGAGGUGUGCCUUCUAAUGUGUCUCCGUGUGAUGAAUGUGGAAUAUUAUACCUUUGUAUUUAUUUAUUUUCUGUGUCAUGCAUCCUGCUGCUUCUUUUUGGACCCCUGAUGUGUUGCUGUAAAUGUUUUAAGUGUCUCAAUCAGCAAAUGGAACUCAAGCUGUUGUUGAAGACAUCAGUGGGGAAAAUUAAGCAAAUGCAAAACAUUAUUAUUAUCGAAAACCCUAAGCUGCAGCUGGGUUUUAAUUAUUAGUCUUGACUACCUUUUGAGGCCUCAGUGUGUGCAGGCAGACGGCAUCACUUCUAAAUUACUCUGAAUCCCCGGGGGUUCCUCAGGGAUCAGUACUGGGGCCACUCAUACUUGUUUUACAUACCGUGUUUUCUCAGUCUGACAAACAAAGCGAAACUGUUUGAGAUUCCUCUGAAAUGUUUCAUCCAAGCCUUCAGUCCUAAAUGGUUGGAGGGGGAGUUUAGGUUUUUAUUAAAUAUAUCAGUGGGGAAAAUUGACCAAAUGCAAAACAAGACGUCCAAGUAUAGGGUUCUUGUAGCUUAUUAUCGAAAAAAAACCUAAGCUACAGCUGUGUUUUAAUUAUUAGUCUUGACUAACUUUUGAGGCCUCAGUGUGUGCAGGCAGACGUUCAUCACUUCUAAAUUAAUCUGUGAAUCCCUGGGGGUUCCUCAGGGAUCAGUACUGGGGCCACUCUUAUUAAUUUUACAUACUGUGUUUUCUCAGUCUGGAAAACACACACAACUGUUUAAGAUUUCUCUGAAAUGUUUCCAAGUCUUUGGUCCUAAGCAACUAGAGGAAAGUUUAGGUUUUUAUUCAUAUCAUCUGUGGGGAAACUGGACCAAAUACUCACCUAAAAUCAGUGGCAGUUGUUCAGUUUAUUCUCUGGACUCGGGGUGCUAACAACGUUUUAAAAAUUAUGCAGAAAGUUAGGACUGUGAUGUAAAGUAAUAAUAAAUUCCUCAAUGUUGCAUAUAUAGUCUCUUCAGCGCCGCUUUCAAACCUUCUGUCUUCUUCGGUCAUUUCACGUGUGCACUGAUAAUCAAUCAUAUGUUCCAGAGAAGAAACCUAAACAUUCCUUCAGUCGUUUAAAAACCAAAGACUUGGAUCCAAACAUCUUUAAAGAAACUCUAAUUGCUCUAACUGUAAUUUGUUUUACCUUCUUUUUUGUGUAUCUAUGAUUUUAAGCUGCUCACAUUCCCUCCACUACAUGAUUCCAGCUGUUACUUCACAUCUGUUUACGAGUCUAGGAUGGACACAGCAGCGGAAAUAUUUUAAAUUUAAAUGUAAAAAGUAUAUGCAAAGGGAAAAGGUAUCAUUUUUCUUUCCUCUCUAUUUAUUCCUUUUUCCCCCAAAAUAUAUUUAAAUGUUUAAGAACUGGAUUUGUUUUGGUUAUAACCACUAGGGGGUAGCAUAGCACCAGAUCCCACUGGAACACUGGAACGAGUGCGUUUCAUUGUUAAAUGAAAACAUUUAGUUUUUUCUGUAUAACUGGAACAUAAUAAAGGGAACUACUGUAAGCUUUUAUUUUGUUUUACACAGACCGGUUCAUAAAUAAAGUACCGCAUACUA